CUCGUAACAUGAAACGUGCCAUAUAGCGGGCGGUGCCAAGUAAGCAAACAGCAGUGACAGUUGCAUAAGUCUUCAUAUCCAUACUCCUCCCAUUGCUCACGAAACCUCUUUCUCUCACGUUCGUUCAUUUGUUUCCUUCUGCCGGUUCUCCCCACCACUCGCUCCCCGGGAGACCGGCUAACACGGCAUCGGCGCCCAUCAUCGCGAUGGCCCCUUUCCAAUUCGGAGAUUUGGGCACAAUAUGCAACUAUGCGAAAGUUAAAUACGAAGAGAGGGCUGAGACGAAGAGGCGUCGCAGCUACAGACGCUCUACGAGCGACCCCACCAUGAACGCUACUAUACGCAAACCGCACGGCAAACUACACAAACCGCCCAAAAUAGAGUCCCUAUAUGAACGAAAAGAGCGUCCUCGCAACAAGUUACAAAAGCGUAGUCCGCCGAGCAUUAUUGGUGCAGUCAGGCCGCCGGUCAAUUUCUUCGCAUUGGAAUACGAUCCUUAUCCGUAUAAUACGCAACCGAGCCAGUUCCUGGGCGUCUACUCGAGUAUCGAUACUGUGACGGCGGCCGCAUUCCGACAUGGCGCGUAUACGUUUUCGAGAGAAGGGUUGCUGGAUGGAAGCGAGUACCUGAGCCCGACGGGUCGCAUCAAGAUUAUCUCACAUGCCAUACAAAGUGUGGGUGUUACGGCUGCGGUGCCGGGGGAUAGGGCUAGCAAGAAGUUCGACGAUGGGGUUAUGAGGUUGGACAUCCCGCAUCCGCUCUGUCAGCCUGCGCCGCGGUUCGACAGUCAACAAGAUCUCAAUAAGCAAAACGUCAUCAAGGAUGCAGUCUUCCUGGCGCUUCAUGAAGGGCCACAGAGCGCGUUUUGCAUUGGGAUGUUCACGAGCAAGAGUCUGGCGUGGGGUGCUUGUCUGAAAGAUAAGGCGUGGCUGGGGUGGUCAGAUCCUCUGACUGAGGAAGAGAGGAGUGUUGAGGAGAAUGAUAUGCCCCGGAUAUCUGCCAGGCUCGCGGGAAGCGGACGGCAUGCGUGGUUCGUGAGGGCUUUUGAGAUCGAUGGGAGGUGAAGCGGACGAUAGAGCUUACGACAUCACUCACUCUUGCGGAUAUGCGCCAUGCUGAGCGUACCGCCACGACAUCACCGCAGCACACUCAAAGCAUCGAUAAGCUAGCAUCUAUGCGGACUUUUUAGGUGAUCAUCAUGGGAAUCGCAACGCGACGAACUACCAUACCACAUGUCCAAAGCGGCAAACAUUGGCGACAUACAUUAGCCUGGUGUUUUGGUGGAACAUGUGCUACGUAUGGUGGUAUCCUUCAUCAUCGCUCCAAUGAUGAAAACAAUCAUC